UCCCGAGAGAACGAGCGAACGAGCGCGUCUCAUCCUGCGCACUCAAGCCGGAUACCCGCUCGUACUUGAUGCCUAGGCGCGCUACUGACUAUUGCUACUAUCCUUCUUGCCGAUUCGGAGCUGGUGGAAAGGGGGCAUGCGAUUGAGGAAGUAAUGGCCGGAGACGUGGUGGGCCGAGAGCUUCCGGUCAACGUGAAGAACGAGACCAGUAUUGACGAUGCUGCCCCCAACGUCGCACACGGAGCACAAGGCGCACACUCUGCUGUACUAGAUGGUGUUGCAGAGCUUCCGCCAAAGAAGAGACAGAAGCGCAAUAAGCCAACGUUGAGCUGUUUGGAAUGCGUCGAGCGCAAGACCAAAUGUGAUCGUGGGCGUCCCCAGUGUGUCGCAUGUCUCAAGCGACAAUCAGAAUGCAAAUAUUCAGAUGUCGCCAAUCUAAUUGCAUCGUCAGAAGGCACUCCUGCGCGUACAUCAGCCGCAAGAUCCAAGAAACAGAACAACAUUACCCUGGCUCUUGGCAAGGGCAGUGAAGAGAAGCCUGCAGUUCCCUUUCAGGUUCCAGUACCCACUCCGAGGACCCAGUAUCGAAGCACAUCUUUGUCGUCGACUGGUUCUUCGCCGUUCUUAUUAUCCAACAUUCCUUAUUCCAAUCACACACCAUCGCCCUUCUUUGGGCUCGGCGCAGAACAUCCCUUCGCCAACUACUGGACAAGUCGAGGAGGCUUGGCCGAGGUAGUCGGGGUACUACCGGCCAAGGAUCAAGCUGACAUUCUCGUCAACAAGUACUUCGAUGCCGUUGACCCUGUAUAUCCCAUGGUGCAUCGUCGAAACUUCUAUGCUGACUAUGAACGCUUCUGGUCUCUGCCUCUGUCCGAAAAGCAUGCAGCCGAUCCAGUACUCGUCGCUCUCCACUUUGUCGUAUAUGCCAUGGGGACCCAGUUCAUAUCGAGUCCAUCUGAACAUGAACGUGCACAGAUGGCCGAAUUCUAUGUAUCAGCAUCCCAACAAGCACUGAGGCUGUCUUCAUACCUAAGCAGAGCUUCUGUCCGGACUCUGCAAGCCAUGGUCCUCAUCUGCUAUUUCCUCAUGAACGACAAUCACGCCUCCGAUGCAUGGGCUUUUGGGGGCGUGCUUAUGCGGCAAGCAUAUGCCAUGGGCCUGCAUCGAGAUCCUGAUAUCAUCGCACCUCGGUGUUCACUCAGUGAUAAGCAACAGCGAAGGAAAGUAUGGCAAGCUGUGUACUUUCAGGACACUUUCCUCACCGUCCUCCUCAAACUUCCUCCUACGACGUCCUUCUACGAUGUUCGUGUAGAAGCUCUGACAGAGGAACUCUCGGAUCUUGUCGGCAACGGCGAACAGGAAGCAAUCGGCAGUUCGAACCCCAUGAGCAUCAGUAACAUUGCGCCCACCUCCGACACUUUCCCUCCAUACGAGCUUUCUGAUCGACAAUACAUCCGAUCAAUGUGGCAUAUGGCUAACCUAGUCCAACGGACAGUCUGUAAACCCCGAUCCCUUGAUAGUCCACUCACGUCUUCUCCACAAGACCGCGUCAACCUCAUCAAACAAUAUAGCGACCUGCAUGCCUCAUUCCCCGCCCACCUAUCCACCUCCAACCCCACAGAAGUUGCCCAGUUCGCCACUACGAAUCCCCGUCUCCUGCGCCAAAAUCUGUUCUUCCGCAGCAACUUCUGGCACUGUGUGAUGGUCAUCAACGCCGACGAAAACGAUGCAGGCGGCGUAUCCUGCGACGUCAAGGGAGCUCUUGAAGCUGCCCGGAACGCUCUUCAAGCAUUCUUUGACUUUUGGGAGUAUCUGCGGAUUGAUGCGGCUGUGUGGUGGGUGUUCCAGCAUCGCGCGUUCGAAGAAGCUCUUCUCAUGGCACGCAUCCUUGCCGCUCAGGAGCAACCUCUGGAUCCGUCGCAAUCGGGUCACCACCCAGCCGAUGAUCCCCUGCUCCGCGUCGCCAAGGACGACGCGAGAAAGAUGCUGCAGAUCCUCGAUCUUGUCGGCGGCGCAGCGCCAGAAAUGCAAAAGACUAGGACCGAUAUCUUGAGGUCUGCAUUUGCGGACAUCACGUGGUGAUGCCGUGGUCUGCGGGCCAUCGGAGGCAGUGUGACUAGCAACUAAGAGUGACGUACAACCCCUCUCUGCCGCUCCUAUCAU